AUGGAUCCAAACCAACCUUCCCCGGAUGGCACUUGCCAUUUCUUCCGACUCCCUGCCGAGCUCAGAAAUAUAGUCUACGAGUACACUCUCACAAACCCAAAAGGUGUGCUAUGUCGCGAAGAACCACCCAACAACUCCAGAAUAUUCCGCUUCUACGCGGUCCCUGUCAUGGAAAAGAGACCUUCCAAAAAAGAACGCGAGCAAGAUUGGUAUGCAGCACAGCUCGAAAAAGGCCUCGAAACCGCCAUGGAGAUCAACCAGCUCAGACAUGUUUGCCGGCAACUGGAAGAAGAGACCAAGAACAUCGUUUGUUUGCAUGCGGUCCACUUGACCUAUUGA